GGCACUUAAGGGCCGAGCCGCGAGUCCCGCAGUCGUGUCCGAGCUGUCGCUUCCCGGAGUCCGCCUCGUCGCCGCCACCCCGGCCCGAGCUCGUCCUCGCUCCCGGAGCUCUCGCGCGCCCGACCGCUCGGCCCUCGCCCCGCGACCAGCACCAUGUGCGGUAUAUUUGCUUAUUUAAAUUACCAUGUUCCCCGAACAAGACGAGAAAUCUUGGAGACCCUAAUCAAAGGCCUUCAGAGACUGGAAUACAGAGGAUAUGAUUCUGCUGGUGUGGGACUUGAUGGAGGUAAUGACAAAGACUGGGAAGCCAAUGCCUGCAAAAUCCAGCUCAUUAAGAAGAAAGGAAAAGUUAAGGCACUGGAUGAAGAAGUUCACAAACAACAAGAUAUGGACUUGGAUAUAGAAUUUGAUGUACAUCUUGGAAUAGCUCAUACCCGUUGGGCAACACAUGGAGAACCUAAUCCUGUUAAUAGUCACCCUCAACGCUCUGAUAAAAAUAAUGAAUUUAUUGUUAUUCAUAAUGGAAUCAUCACCAACUAUAAAGACUUGAAAAAGUUUUUGGAAAGCAAAGGCUAUGACUUUGAGUCUGAGACAGACACAGAAACCAUUGCAAAGCUUGUCAAGUACAUGUAUGACAACUGGGAAAGCCAGGACGUCAGUUUUACUACGUUGGUGGAGAGAGUUAUCCAACAAUUGGAAGGUGCUUUUGCACUUGUGUUUAAAAGUGUUCAUUUUCCUGGGCAAGCAGUUGGCACAAGGCGAGGUAGCCCCCUCUUGAUUGGUGUGCGGAGUGAGCAUAAGCUUUCUACGGAUCACAUUCCAAUUCUGUACAGAACAGGCAAAGACAAGAAAGGAAGCUGCAAUCUCUCCCGUGUGGACAGCACGACAUGCCUUUUCCCUGUUGAGGAAAAGGCAGUUGAAUAUUACUUUGCUUCUGAUGCAAGUGCUGUGAUAGAGCACACCAAUCGUGUCAUCUUUCUCGAAGAUGACGAUGUUGCAGCAGUGGUGGAUGGCCGUCUUUCCAUCCAUCGAAUUAAACGAACUGCAGGAGACCAUCCUGGCCGAGCUGUGCAAACCCUCCAGAUGGAACUCCAGCAGAUCAUGAAGGGCAACUUUAGUUCAUUUAUGCAGAAAGAAAUUUUUGAGCAGCCAGAAUCUGUUGUGAACACAAUGAGAGGAAGAGUCAAUUUUGAUGACUAUACUGUGAAUUUGGGAGGUUUGAAAGAUCACAUUAAGGAGAUCCAGCGGUGUCGGCGGCUGAUUCUUAUUGCUUGUGGCACAAGUUACCAUGCUGGUAUGGCAACCCGUCAGGUUCUGGAGGAGCUGACAGAGUUGCCAGUGAUGGUGGAGCUUGCUAGUGACUUCUUGGAUAGAAACACUCCUGUCUUUCGAGAUGAUGUUUGCUUUUUCAUUAGUCAAUCAGGUGAGACAGCUGACACCCUGAUGGCUCUUCGUUACUGUAAGGAGAGAGGAGCCCUAACUGUGGGGAUCACAAAUACAGUCGGCAGCUCUAUUUCAAGGGAGACAGAUUGUGGGGUUCAUAUUAAUGCUGGUCCUGAGGUCGGCGUGGCCAGUACAAAGGCGUACACCAGCCAGUUUGUGUCCCUUGUGAUGUUUGCCCUCAUGAUGUGUGAUGACAGGAUCUCCAUGCAAGAGAGGCGGAAAGAGAUCAUGCUUGGAUUAAAGCGGCUGCCAGAUUUGAUUAAGGAAGUGCUGAGCAUGGAUGAUGAAAUUCAGAAGCUGGCAACAGAGCUUUACCACCAGAAGUCAGUCCUGAUAAUGGGACGAGGCUAUCAUUAUGCUACGUGUCUCGAGGGAGCCCUGAAAAUCAAGGAGAUUACUUACAUGCACUCUGAAGGCAUCCUUGCUGGCGAGCUAAAGCAUGGCCCUCUGGCCUUGGUGGACAAGUUGAUGCCUGUCAUCAUGAUCAUCAUGCGGGACCACACUUACGCCAAGUGCCAGAACGCUCUGCAGCAGGUGGUUGCACGGCAGGGGCGCCCUGUCGUGAUCUGUGAUAAAGAAGAUACAGAGACCAUUAAGAACACAAAAAGGACAAUCAAGGUGCCCCACUCAGUGGACUGCUUGCAGGGCAUUCUCAGUGUGAUCCCUUUACAGCUGCUGGCUUUCCAUCUGGCUGUGCUGAGAGGCUAUGAUGUUGAUUUCCCACGGAAUCUUGCCAAAUCUGUAACUGUAGAGUAAAAGGCAUCAGAAACUUAAGACAGUUAAGCAACAUAAGACUCCUUUUGUAUUUAAAUUUUUGAUUUAAACUGUUGCUGCCUGAAAGCCUUUUAUAAAUUCUUAUUUAUAUAUCCAUUAUAAUUAUCCCACUCAAUUAAUGAUUUUUGUGCAAUUGCCUCAUUUUCAAUAAUACAUGGGGGAGUUUGAUUAAUAGAAUUUAAAUCUAAAUCUAAAAUCAGAGAGAUUUUAGCUGCAAUGUUGUUUAAAGAAGUGAAUAAUGAAUUUCUUGGUUCUCCACUCCAGUCAAGGAGGAUUGAUGAGGUUUUGGGAUGAUUGUUGUUUACCAUGCCUUGAUUCAGUUAGACUGAUGAACCGCCUGUGCGUUUAAUUGGAGUACUCAAAGUCAAAAGCCAGUGUGUGCUAGUGCCUGGACACCUGCUCGAGGCUUUGCUACAUUAUUUAUAAGUAGAAGAUGCUGUGGUUUAUUUUGAAGCUGUCUCUGUCUUGUUUUUAAAUCAAACUGUACGCCUAAAAAACCUGGUGAGAUGUGUAUCUAAGAUGAGUUAAAUUGGUCUAAACAUGGCUGUCAUCUCUAGAUAGAGGGAGCGUAGGGGGCGUGUGUUACAAUUGUGUCCCCUACACUUGACUAGAAGACCAUGCAGAGUUUUGUAGCACUAAAAAUCUGAACUGCUUUAGACACUGACAGUGUGGCUGGACAUUUGAAGAUAGGACAUAGGCAUCCUCCUCCUGUUUCUUCAUCUCCUAAGAGAGGUUUGCAUUUCCUUGAAGCUGGAGCUUAAUUCAAAACAAAACAAAACAAAACACAACAAAACAAAA